CUUCUGCCUCUGCUGCUCUUUCUUCUUGAUAACACUUCCAGGUUUGCUCUUGCACUGCACAUUUUCUUUGCCACUCUCAGAAAGGCUGCCUCUCUGACCUCUGAUUCAGCUACUUGUGUUGUCAUUGUUUUGUUCCUUGGUUUUCCCAUUCGCCGCCCAUAUCAGGUAACAUCAAAGUGCUAUAAAAAAGUAUGAAUGAAAAUACUUCACGUUCAACAUUAUCCUCUUCCAAUUAUUGUCUUAAUGGUUCCCUGAUUAUUAACAACAACCAAAAUAGUCCCCCUUUAGAUUCCUUGAACUCUCUAAAUUCUUUAGACUUGUUAAAUCCGUCCCAUUCCAUAGACUCGUUAUUGGAUACUCUAUUUCCCAAAAAUAAUAAUCAAAUUAUUAGCCAAAAUUCAAACCAAAAUAAAAAUUUCAAAAUCAUCAAUGACAACCUAUUAUCAAAUCAUAAAAUAAAUCAAAUUAAUAAUAUAAUACGUCAAGAGUUUGACUUUGAGAUCUUUUUAGAACAUCGGAAACUAAAUCUAGUCGAUAUCGAAAUCGGAAAAGCUGAGGCUCAACUAACUCUACUAAAGAGAUUUUAUAGCUAUCAAAAAAAUAACCUUAGGCAAACUAAUAACACCAAUAAAGACAUCAUAAAUAAUAAUGACAGUCACAUAGAUUUAGAACCAACGGGUUUUGCUAAAACCUACACAAAGCUACUUAAUUUAUUAACAGAAACUCCCCAAAUCUCUUACACUUCCGCUGCCUCAAUUCUGGAUGAUUCUUACAUCAGAACAAGAUCCCAGACUUCUUCAAUUCGCCCAAUUUUCACUUCUUCAAAUUUUAAUAUCCAACCUUUUACUAAUACACCCUCCAAUUUUAAUUUUAAUUUUAAUCCCAACCUUACUUCCAACACAAUUAUUAACUCAAUCAGCCAUAAACAAAAAUUACCUGAUACUUUUAAUCUAUGUUUAUGCAGGCGUUCUGAUGGUAUCCUAGUCUCUUUAACCUGCCCAAAUUGUAAAAAAAGUAACUUCAGUUCUCCUCAGGGUUUUAUAAAUCAUUGCAGAAUAACUCAUCACAAUGAAUAUACUUCUCAUGAUAAUGCUGCAAUGAUGUGUGGCCAAAUAUUACCUUUAAAUCAACAAGAUCAUUUAGGUAUCGAUGCUUUAAAUCAAUUAAAAUUAAAAGGUUUGGAUCCAGCUAAAAAUUUAAAUACCCCUGAUUUAUCUGAUUUUACUUAUGAUAUAAAUAAAAACAAUACCAACACCAAUACCAAUGCCAACAACAAUAAUAAUAACAAUAAUACCAAUAAAAGCUUGAACUUUAAUUUCAACUUUUCUUUUCCUAACCAGGAUAUGUCAACUCAAUUUUCAAAAAAAAGAGGUAGACCCGGUUUUACUGAUAAUUCUAAUAAAACUAAGAAUAAUACUAAUAUUGAAAAGAACAAAAAACCCAGCAUUGAUAAAAAGAUAAACGCAAAUGUCAAUAAUUCGAACAACUAUUCUCAUUUGAAAAAUUUUGUCAAGGGAAAUGUAUCAAAUUUCGAUCAAUUAAUAUCUUUAACAACUGAAAAGGUCUCAAAUGCUCAUUUAUUUGAAGAUGAAGAAGAAGUUAGUGAAGACAAUAAUAAUAUCCUCAAUGAAAAAUCUAGCAAUGAUGACCCAUUUAAAAACUCUUCAAAAUCAAAAUCAAAAUCAAGAUCAAUAAUUAAUUCAAAUACCAACAAAAUCAAGGAAUCAAAAAAAGUUUCUUCAAUUUCUUUGAAAAAAGAUAACCAUCAAAAUGAAAAAAAAAACGAAAACGAAAACGAAAACGAAAACGAAAACGAAAACGAAAACGAAAACGAAAACGAAAAUGAAAAUGAAAAUGACCCGGAAUUGUCUAAAUUGAAAAAAGAUAUUAGUUCAUCAGGCUUGUUGAUCCUAGAAGAAGCCAAAAAACUUGAUCUCAAUGUCGACCAGCUACUAAAAAGUAAACUUUCAAACUCUUCAACCUCAACCUAUAGAAGAGGUAGAGGUGGUAGUAGAAGGAAAAAUUAUAGAAAAGCUUCAACUAGAAAAGUUUCAAAUAAAAUUUCAAAAUUAAAUGAUGAUUCCGAUAAUUUGAAAAUUCAAAAUGAACUUGAAUCUCAAUCAUUGACUAAAAUUAAUAUAAAAUUUACCAAUAAUAACAAUAAUAAUAACAAUAAUAAUAACAAUAAUAACGAUAAUGAAACUAUUAAUUCUACAAUUGAUAAAAAAGACCUCAAAGUUGAAUUUAAAAAAAUUGAUCAGGCCGAUAAAAAUAUUUCUUAUGAUAAUUUAACUUCUCUGUUGGCAAGAACGUUACCAAUUCCAACAAGUCCCAUUAGAACUCGAAGCAAAGAUUAAAAGAAAACAUUAAAAAAAUUAUUCAUAUUGAAGGCUACUAUGUAUCUAGUAUAAUAUAUUUUUAUUUUAAUAAUUUUUAGUAAUCUUUAGUAAUUUUUAGUACUUUUUAGUACUUUUCAAUUAUUUUUUGUUUUAAUUGAAUUUUAUUUA